AUGCCCCGCGUAUCCGCGGGGAUGAACGCGCUGUGCGUGCAGCGCGGCCUGCUGCUGGACUCCCUGUCCUUCGUGCCGCAGAUGGCCGUGGAGACUGACCUGACCCUCUGCGGGCAGCGCCGGAGCACCACACUCACCGCGCUCGACGGCGUGAGGCUGGCGACCGUGCGGGGGGCGCGGCUGUCCGUGUGCAGCCUUAUCUUCGACCUCUCCGUCCCUGAUUUCGGCCCCGCGGCGCGCCUGGAGGAGAUGCUGUUCGAGCUCGAGGCCGGAGGCACGGUUCGGUACACGAACGUGGGGUUCUACAUCCCGCCGGGGCCGUUCUUGGCCCUCAGGCGGGCACUGGAGUUGCUCGGCCCGGCCAACGACACUUCCGAGAGGUUCUCGCUGACCGACAAGCGGAUCGACCUGGGGUCGGUGCGCCUGGGGGGGGCCGAGUUCGAGGACGUCGAGGUGUUCCUGGACGACGCCGGGUUCGCCCUCCCGGGGGACAGAGAGCACGUGGAGGCCGCGACGGUGAACUCGACGCGGGACGUCGCCAAGGUGCGGCGGGGGCGGUCCGACCAGGACCGGCCUCUGCGCCUGUACUUCCUGCGCGACCUGAAGAUUUCGAACUGCCUCCUGCUGCACGUGCACGGGACGACGGGCCCGAUCGCUGUGAACAGGCCGGUGACCCUCGCUCCCGGGGGCGACGCGGAUUUCCGGCGGCUGGAAUUCGAGAUGGACAUCCCCAGGGGGUUUAUGGACGUGGCCAGCCAGCUGAGGGUGGACGGCAUGGAAAUCGUGAACGCGGCGGUGAGGCUGCAGCUGGAGCGCAAGGGGAAUGAGACGAGCGUGUGCCACCUGAGCGACCCGGGGUGCAUCGAGGAGAAAGCCGACCUGGCGGACGUGUACCCGCGGCUGCACCGCGGCGCCUUCAAGCACGACGCCCGCAGCAAUGCCUGCCUGAUUGUGGCGCGGGACGCGGUGCUGGUGCACGGCUGCCCGUUCGUGCAGAACAUUGGCAGCCUGCUGCUCUACCACAGGAACAACAUCCAGUCGCAGACGAGCCUUAUGCAGGCGCUGAACGACACCCUGCAGCUGUACGAGUUCGAGUCCAUAUCGAACAAGACCAUCGUCUUCAGGAGGUUCAUCGCCAUGGGGAUGUGCUUUCAGAAUGUGACCAUGACCUGCAAGCCGCCCUCUGGCGCGGAGCUGCCAGAUCCAAGGUGCCGGAUGUUUGAGAACACAGAAUCUACAGACCCCGAGGUAACCACUGAAUUGUCAGAGGACCGUUACUACUUGGAGGAGGACACCUCAUUUCAUGAAGGUGCAGGAGGCUAUUAUGAUGAACCAACGUCUGAACAGGAUACUGAUGCUGGGUCAGAUGGCAGCAAGUCAUCUAGUGCGCGAGUAACUGGCAUUGCCCUGGUCAGCGGCGGCAUAGCUCUCUGGCUUGUGACGAUGGGCUUGUUCUCUUACUGGUAUAAGUCAUACAGGAGACAGGGCAAGAAGGAUUCGACAGAUUUGGGGGCGACACAGAAGGAUGGUGAGCCGGAGAGGGAAGGUGAGGAUCUGCCAGAAGCGGUGAACAGGCAGAGGCAGCGAGCCGUCAUUGAGGCGGCGAUCAGCUCGAGCAUUGCGCACAAAAACAUAGUCCAGACCUACACAUACUCUUUCAAGCAGCUGCAGGUGUCGGCAAUACAGGAGCUGGAGUGCAAGGACAGCAAGUGUGCCAGCAUCGACUCUACCUCAAUCAAGACAACAAGUGUGGUGGAUUGGAAGCUGUACAUAAUACAGGAGUUCUGCGAUGGUGGGACACUGCGGGACUGUUUGGAUGCCAAAAGAAUAUUGAACAAGGACAGUGGUCGACCUGAGCUGACCACCAUUGCUCGGCUCGCUCUUGAGACAGCCUCAGGAAUGUGCCACCUGCACAGCCAACACAACAUUGUCCAUGGCGACUUGAGUUCUAAGAAUAUCCUGUUGAAGAAAGACCCAGAUGAUUACACCGACGCUCUGGGGACUGCAAAGAUAGCGGACUUCGGAUUGAGCAUCAAGAUGGGCCUGCUUCAGAGCCACAUAUCAAACCACCGGGCAGGGACUCCGUUCUACAUGGCACCGGAGCUGUGCCAGCAUGGCAGGCUUUCAAAGAAGUGCGAUGUGUUCUCGUUUGGGGUGUUCCUGUGGGAACUGUACCACUCGAAGAAGUGCUACCACACGGACCCCAAAGUGGGCAUGCGUUAUCACCCGCUGUUCCCCAAGUUUCCAAUUAUGUGCCCAAUCCCAUAUGCCAUGCUCUGCGUCGUCUGCUUAUCUCCAAAGCCAGAGAACCGCCCAGAUUUCAAUUUCAUAGCCAGGGUGUUCACAGCCUUGAGGAAGCAGGUGGAUGCGGGUCUGUUUAAGGACAAAGAGAGCUUACGGCUGAGGAACAUGGAGAUCGCCGCUGGGUUGGGUAAAAUGACGGCCCCCAGUAUAUUGGAGUUGAUCGCAGAGGAAGUGGGCAUUACUGUCACGGGCUCCUCAACAGCUGGCUGCUCAUCUUCGGCCCAGGACGACAGCUACACUGUUCCGAGCGAGGUGUCCAUGGACACAGCAAACUCGCUUCGAUUGCCCCACUCGACGAUCCUUCCCUCUGCUCAACUGUGGAUGCAGGGCAACUCGGUGGCGGACCAGACAAAGUCAGCGGAGCUUGAAGUGCACCUGAGUCAGGCCUAUGUCAGUGCACCCUUCAACUGCAUUAUGAACGUCUCCGUGUCAACGGAGCAUGAUGCGGACCUGCACAAGAAGUGUUCCCAAGUGGAGCACUACGACUUGACUUGGCAGACUGCCAUUCCUGGUCUUAAGGUUCCUACAGAUGUUCCCCACCACUACAUUGGAACUCCAGCAAUGCUUACAGCUCAAGCCUGCCCAACCUCUCAAUCCCUGAAGCCGCUGAAGAAGCUGCCUCUGAACGAUGAUGGGAUUGAUCAAGAAAUCAAGGGAGUGAGGGUCAAGGAUUUGGGUUCAGAUCCCGUCAAUUGA